UUCAUAAUUUAAGUUCCACCCGUGGCACAAGCACUCAAGGAAAAUAUAAAUGACAAGGUCCACUCGACUCUCAGACAAGGUUUUCCAAGCAAGAUGAAGCCCAUCAUCUUCUUCGUACUUUCCCUGCUCCUCAUCCUGGAGAAGCAAGCAGCUGUGAUGGGACAAAAAGGUGGAUCAAAAGGCCAAUUACCAAGUGAAUCUUCCCAAUUUCCACAUGAACAAAAGGGCCAGCAAUAUUCAGCACGAAAAGACAAACAGCAUGCUGAAUCCAAAGGCAGUGUUUAUAUUGAACACAUAUAUCAUGUAGACGUCCACGGUCAUGACCAGACCCGAAAAAGUAAGCAAUAUGACUUGAAUGCCCAAAAUAAAACGAUAAAAUCAGAAAAACAUGCAGCUGGAAGUCAAGAACCAUUCAAUCACAAGCAAGAAAGCAGAGAACAUGGUAAAUCAAAAGGUGAUUUUCAUGUGUUAAUUAUACACCAUAAAGGAGGCCACGCUCCUCAUGGGACACAAAAUCCUUCUCAAGAUCAGGGAAAUAGCACAUCUGGAAAGGGAAUAUCCAGUCAAGAUUCAAACACAAAAGAAAGCCUACUGGCUCUUGGACUAGGUAAAGAACAAGAUUCAGUCUCUGGUACACAAAGAAAUAGAACACAAGGUGGAUCCCAAAGUAGUCCUGUCCUCCAAACUGAAGAUCCAGUACAUAACAAAAAACCUGAGACUCAAAAUUCUCUUCAAAAUAAAGGGAGUUCCCCAAAUGUGAAUGAAACGAAACAGAAACAUUCAAGUAAAGUGCAAACCCCACUCUGUUCUGCACAAGAAGACAGACUCCAAUGUGGAUCCAAAGACGUUUUUUCCAAGAAUCAAAACCAGACAAGAAAUCCCAAUCAAGAUCAAGAGCAUGGCCAGAAGGCACAUAACAGGUCCUGCCAAUGUUCAAGUACAGAAGAAAGACCACUUAAUCAUGGAGAAAAGGGCAUACAGAAAGAUGCAUCCAAAGGCAGUACUUCUAACCAAACUGAAGAUAAAAUACAUGACAAGUCUCAAAAACAGGUAACAACUCCUAGUCAAGAUCAAUGGUCUGGCCAAGAAGCAAAAGGAAAGUCUGGCCAAUCUGCAGACAGAGAAAAAGACCUACUCAGUUGUGACCAAAAAGGCAGACGCCAACACGGAUCUCAUGGGGGAUUGGAUAUUGUAAUCAUAGAGCAUGAAGCUGACAAUGAUCAUCGUUUGACACAACAUCACGACAACAACCAAAGUGUGACCACCAGUGGCAGUCUGUGGGACUGUUUCUCAGACCUGGAAGAUGACCACAUGCCCAACAGGGAUGGCCCAUGGGCUAUUUCUCAGGAAGAUACAAACGAAGAUAUCCACUCGGCUCUCAGACAAGGUUUUCCAAGCAAGAUGAAGCCCAUCAUCUUCUUCGUACUUUCCCUGCUCCUCAUCCUGGAGAAGCAAGCAGCUGUGAUGGGACAAAAAGGUGGAUCAAAAGGCCGAUUACCAAGUGAAUCUUCCCAAUUUCCACAUGGACAAAAGGGCCAGCAGUAUUCUGCACAAAAAGACAAACAGCAUGCUGAAUCCAAAGGCAGUGUUUAUAUUGAACACAUAUAUCAUGUAGACGUCCACGGUCAUGACCAGACCCGAAAAAGUAAGCAAUAUGACUUGAAUGCCCAAAAUAAAACGAUAAAAUCAGAAAAACAUGCAGCUGGAAGUCAAGAACCAUUCAAUCACAAGCAAGAAAGCAGAGAACAUGGUAAAUCAAAAGGUGAUUUUCAUGUGUUAAUUAUACACCAUAAAGGAGGCCACGCUCCUCAUGGGACACAAAAUCCUUCUCAAGAUCAGGGAAAUAGCACAUCUGGAAAGGGAAUAUCCAGUCAAGAUUCAAACACAAAAGAAAGCCUACUGGCUCUUGGACUAGGUAAAGAACAAGAUUCAGUCUCUGGUACACAAAGAAAUAGAACACAAGGUGGAUCCCAAAGCAGUCCUGUCCUCCAAACUGAAGAUCCAGUACAUAACAAAAAACCUGAGACUCAAAAUUCUCUUCAAAAUAAAGGGAGUUCCCCAAAUGUGAAUGAAACGAAACAGAAACAUUCAAGUAAAGUGCAAACCCCACUCUGUUCUGCACAAGAAGACAGACUCCAAUGUGGAUCCAAAGACGUUUUUUCCAAGAAUCAAAACCAGAAAAGAAAUCCCAAUCAAGAUCAAGAGCAUGGCCAGAAGGCACAUAACAGGUCCUGCCAAUGUUCAAGUACAGAAGAAAGACCACUUAAUCAUGGAGAAAAGGGCAUACAGAAAGAUGCAUCCAAAGGCAGUACUUCUAACCAAACUGAAGAUAAAAUACAUGACAAGUCUCAAAAACAGGUAACAACUCCUAGUCAAGAAGAUGGCCAUAGGGCAAAUAAAACGUCAUCCCGAUCUUCAGGUACAGCAGAAAGACGACCUAACCAUGGAGAAAAGGGCAUACAGAAAGAUGCAUCCAAAGGCAGUUCUUCUAACAAAACUGAAGAUAAAAUACAUGACAAGCCUCAAAAACAGAUAACAACUCCUAGUCAAGAUCAACGGUCUGGCCAAGACGCAAAAGGAAAGUCUGGCCUAUCUGCAGAUAAAGAAAAAGACCUACUCAUUCGUGACCAAAAAGGCAGACACCAAGAGGAAUCCAGUGGAGCACAUAAUAUUGUAAUUAUAGAGCACGAAGUUAGCCAUGAUCAUCACUUGGCACAACAUCAUGAUAAAGACCAAAAUAGACUUAUCGUUCAGCAACCACUUGAAAAGCUAGACCAAUAG